GGAAGAUAUAUAUAUGUAUAUAUAUCUAUAUAUAGAGGAAAGGAAAAGACCCAUAGUGUACAACUGGACGUUAGCGGUAAUAGAGUGACCUCUAUUGACGCUAACAAAUAUAGCUCAGAUUUAAGCUCUUCGUCCUGAAUUACCCUCAGAAAGUCGUUUUUCCUAAAACUUGAUUUCUAUUGGUUACUGCUCAACCAAUAGGAUUUCGAGGCAAAUGGAGCCCAGAUUCAAGCUCUCCGCUCUAGAAAACCUCGAGCUAUCAUCUCUGUGAUCGGAAGAUAGAGGUUUACUUUUCGAUCAAUUGGGACGUGGACAAAAACAGAAGCAAUUUCCGUUUAAGUAUCUUUGCAAUAGGUGACUUAGCCUUCUUGUUUCUUAAUGUUGUAUAUGCCAUUUUGUAGCUCAUGAAAUUCUCUACCGAAUGGUAUAUAAUAGUUGGGGUUUUGUUUGAUUAUGAGAGGAAAAGUUUUUUACGAAAAGCGGGAUAGGUCAAUGUUCGCAUAGAAAAGCAUAGGGAAUAAUGACUCUUUUCCCAAUAACUCAGCAAUGGCUCGACGAAUCAUUCUCAUGUUCAAACUCGACCGAGAUAUUGAUGAGACGAAACUUUGUAGAAAAUUUCAUCGUGAUCGGACUCUCCUCUCGAAAGUUAUCGUGUAAACGACCGGAUAGACAGACGGUCGGAUACAGUGACCGAUUCUAUUGUGUACUCACUUUUUGAAUACACAAAGAAAAACACAUUGACGAUACAAUAUAUCUGUUAGAGAAUUUGAAUGAAGAUAACACAAAACUGAUUUAUUAAUGAGGAAAAGAAAUUAGAAUAUUUUGAGUUGACUAAGAAGUAAUUUCAUAGAAAUAUUCAAUGUUUAUUUAUAUGGAAGUUUUUUAAUUCGUGUAUUCCUUCCUUAACAGUUGAAAAUUUUCGCUUGAUCAUUAUUGGAAGAGGAUCUUUCCAACAAUAUAAAGAGGCCAAUUACUUUCUUUGGCGAAACCUGACAUCAAAUGAUAACUUUUAACGAGAAAAUUUCAAACGAACUUGAACAUUUUCACUUCGUAAAUUUUCAGCAACUACUCAAACGGAACUCACCUUAACAUUUGCAAAUUUUUGUUUUUUGUUGUUCUAAAUGUUGCUUUUACUUCUUUCUGAGCAUCCUCACUUUGAAUAAUUCCAACUAGAACAGUCGUCUUCGGUAGCAAAAGCAUGCAACAGAAUUUCUGAGUUAAAUGUUAGGAAGCUUUUCUUUUCAAAAAGACUGUAGAAUAAGACAAAAUUUGUGAAGAAUCGAUCAAAACAUUUCGCUUCGCGAAAACUAACAUUUGCAUUAACAUAAUCAAUGAAACGAUCUUUUCAUUUUGUUUUUCUUCGAAAUUUUUGACUUGAGCGUAGAAUGCCUUUUUCCGAGCAGGUUGCAAAACAACACAUCGAUUUUCUAGGAGUUUACAAAAAAACUCUCGAUUGAAGACAAAUGAACUAGGCUUUAGUGCAAAUUAUUUACUUCUCCCAUAGUCCAUCUUUUUGCAUAAAACUUUGAUUGAAAACAACAAGACUUUGAUAAAUUUUUAGACUACUGGAAAAUACUACACCAGCUCUACUGUGAACCUUUGAUUCUCCAUCCCAAAGUUUACCAUUUCGAGUCACCACUCAUGUACCAAGACUUGUAUCAAUUAAUUAGCUAAUUUGAAUAGUUAUAGCGUUUGUUUUAAUUGAACAUUUUUGUUUUGUUCAGUAAAGCUGAUUUGUACUAGAAACAGCUUUAGUCAUGGGCUUAUUUGUUGCGAAAAAUAAACAUUUUAGAGCGUUUCUCGCAUGAAGAAAGCUCAAUAUGAACUCUUUCAGCAAACGAUACGCUUCUAUCAGUAGGUUUUUUUAUAGCACAAUCUUGAAUUUUGAAAACAACAUUGUAUACCCCAUUUGGGACCUUAUCAGAUGGUAACCCUGGUUAGUAAAGAUGUUCUUGUUCGAUCAAUUGUAUCAACUGAAACAAAUAUAAAUAUUAAUAUACAAAAUUUAAAAGAAAUUACAGAUCUUAUGAAUAAACUUGCUGAAUUUUAUUUUUAUAAUUAAAAAAAAAUGUUUAUUUAUUUUGUUUUUCAAAUAAAGCAACAACUCAUAGUCAAAUCGAUGAAUAUUCUAAAAAACGUACUGCUUAAAUGAGUGAAACUGCAUCAAGUGCAAUUGAUAAAGCUGUUGCUGAUACAGCAGCUCAACAACAACAACAAUUAUCUGAAGCAACUGAACUUGAAUAGAAACAAUGUUUACAAGAAUGUAUUGUUCUAUUAGAUUCAGAUAAAGCUGUUUUAUUAACUGAAUUUGAACGAGCUUUAAAUGAACGUCUAGAAGCUAUUUUACUUAAAGCAAGACAAGAUAUUGAGUUGUUACAAGAUGCAGCUAAUCAACAAAAAAUGUCUGUUUUUAAAGAAGUACCAGCACGAGCUCAUCAACAGCAAGUCGAUCAAAUUACAGAAGAAGUCAUCGAACUUGCUGCUGAAAUUACACGACGACGAAAUUUUGUAACAUGA